UAGAUGAUGUGUGAAUGACAACUAACACUCAAGCUCAGUUUUUUAGGUUUGUGGGUUCACAGGAUUGGAUGUGUGUACAUCUGUGUUAAACUUCACCAUCACAGCUGCUGAACUAUUUAAGUGUGCAGGAGGUAAGACCAUUUCAUCUGCAAGACUUCAGGGGAACUUGUGUUUGCAUUUCUGUAUUAGUUAUUAGUUCUGUGAACAUGUUGCUGUCUAUCGCUGUGCUGCUGAUGUUGAGCUGUCCAGCUGGCAGGUCUGAAGUUGUAAAAAAUUUCAAUACAUGUAGUGAGUUUUUCUUUAAAAGACAGGCUCCGGUGAUUCCUGGCAUCCUGGAUCCGAACUCUGAGCAUCCUCGCUACAAAAAAAUCUGUCAGAGAUACAAUUUCACAGGUGAUGGUUCAGGAUAUAGGUAUGCAACUCUCUACGACACAGAGAGCAGGAUUCCUGUUUUUUCCGCGUACAACUACACUGGAAAAGGAGAUUUCACAAGACCAAGUAUUCCAUGGAUGAUCGAGCCAAAGCUUGAUCCUCGUGUUGAUGGCAUGACUGCUCCAUAUAAUAAUCAGGCCGUCGAUGAAGAUUACAUCAAUAACAGCUAUGGAGUGAAUCGUGGUCACUUAUUUCCCAGCUGUCACGCAGCUGAUGAAUCCACAGCCAAAUCUACAUUCACACUCACCAACAUUGUGCCACAAAAUAUCAGAUUUAAUGCAGGUAGUUGGAAUCGUAUUGAAAAUGAGACCAGAGAUAGCAUGAAUACACUUUGCUAUAACAAAAACAAUAACGUUUUAGCCCAUGUGCUGACCGGAGCUAUACCUGGCAAAAACAAAAUUAACAAUAGAGUGAACAUUCCCUCUUACAUGUGGACGGCAUUCUGCUGCUAUAACAGAAGUAAAAUCUGGGUCUCUGAAGCUUACUGGGCCCCAAACAGACAAGAAAACCACAAUGAACCGAUCAGUAAAAUGACCCUGCAGCAAUUACAGGAAUUUCUGAAUGGAAGCUGGGCUCAAAACGUAACGCUGUUUAAGAACGACUGUAACUAAUGUCUCAGAAAGCAUCAGUUGUUUUAAAAAACACUGAAUUAUAAUUUCUGAUGUUUGAUUAGAGGUCUUUCAAAAUGCUUGCUUUCCAGGAUCCUAACUCAUCCUGGUUUUAAUUGCUGUCAUUUUUCUCAUACAAGUCAUUUUAGCAUUUUUAUUUGAACACAAACAGUACUUUGAUUAACAUGUACUGAAGCCCAGAUCCUGUUAUAAAUGGGCGGUCUGUAAAAGUCUUUUCUUUUCUAAUAAAGCUUAUGCAAAUGUUGUCAUGUCAGAA